CCAAAACUGUACUCUACUCAAUUUGGCUGGUGACGGCAAUGGGAAUUUCAGAAAGCCGAGCACAUAUGUAUGGCCACGAAAUAAAAUGUAUAGAAAAUUUGAAAAAGAUUAAAGAAACAACUAUAAAUCUUCCUUAAUUUUUAAACUAUUUUAGUAUCCUACAAUAUAUAUUCGCCCAUUCACUAGAUCCUGCGCCAGUCGAUGGGUGAGGGGCAGAAUCGGCUCGGCCCACUUGAAUUUUGAGUCACAACCUGUGCUUCACCUUUUUUCGAAAGCUCUGCUCGCAUGCACCGCGCCCGAUUCCUUCGCAUCCUCCUCCAAACAGGCAACCGGCCAUGUCUCACAAGGGAAAGAACAGUGCUGCGGCAAAGGGCAAGAAGCCUGCCAAAGCAGGCGCCGAUGGUAAAGCCGAAGAUGUUCUGCAGGCAGUGAUCCUCGCCGAUUCGUUCCAGGAUAGAUUCCACCCGUUUACGAUUGAUACGCCUAGAUGUCUGCUCCCCCUCGCCAACACCCCGCUCAUCGAAUACACCCUUGAAUUCCUAGCCAUGAACGGCGUGCAAGAAGUCUUUCUAUACGCCGGUGCCAACACAGACAAAGUCGAAGAAUACGUCAGUCAGUCCCGUUGGGCCCCGACAUCGCGGUCUUCGCCCUUCUCGACGGUACAAUUCAUCCGCGUUGCCGACGCCCGCUCCAUUGGCGAUGUCCUGCGCGAUCUAGACAAGCGCGCCGUGGUCGACGGCGACUUCAUUCUAGUACACGGCGACCUCGUGUCCAACAUUAUGCUCGACGAUAUCCUAGCCGCACACCGUAAGCGCCGCGAGGACAGCGCCGCGAACAUCAUGACCAUGGUCCUGCGCAGCGGCGGCCCUACCGAGCACCGCACCAAGGCGCAUGGCAUCACGCCCGUCUUUGUCGUCGACUCCAACAACCGCCGCUGCUUGCACUACGAGGAAAUGAGCCCCCUCUCAGAAGACCACUAUGCGCUCCUCGACCCCGCCAUUGUCGACGAGCUCUCGACCGACUUUGAGAUCCGCGCCGACCUCAUCGACGCCCAGAUCGACAUCUGCACACCCGAAGUCCUGGCCCUCUGGUCCGAAAGCUUCGACUACGAGCUACCGCGCAAGAACUUCCUCCACGGCGUCCUCAAGGACUGGGAGCUCAACGGCAAGAUGAUCUACACCGACAUCGUCACCAAGGGCUACGCCGCCCGCGCGCACAACCUGCAAAUGUACGACGCCAUCACACGCGACAUUGUCGGCCGCUGGACAUCGCCCUUCCUGCCCGAGAACAACCUUCUCCCCGGCCAAUCCUACAAGCGCCAUGCCGGCGCCACUGUCAUCGACACCACGGCCUACCACGCCCCCGACGCCAAGCUGCUCAACUCCGUCAUUGGAGCCCGCACAACCAUUGGCGCCGGCAGCUCCAUCACAAACUCCAUCAUCGGCAACAACUGCAAAAUCGGCGCCAACGUGUCCCUCUCCAAUGCCUACAUCUGGAACGACGUCUGCAUCGAGGACAAUGCCGCCAUUACACACGCCAUCCUCGCCGACGGCGUGACCGUCGAACAUUCUGCCGCCGUUGCCGACGGCUGCCUCCUCUCCUACGGCACCCGCGUCUCCGCAAGCAAGCCCAUUUCCGCAGACACCAUCCUCUCGACCAAAGACAUCGGCGGCAAAGUCGUCUCUACCGACACAUCGCUCCUCGGCCCCAGCGGCGCCGGCGCUCCCUUUGAGAACCCCGACCUGGAGGACCUCGAUGAGCGCGACCCAACCCGCCUGCAAACAUCGCUCAUCUACUCCCUCGCCUCAUACAACCUCUCGUCCUCCUCCAUCUCCACGCUCGCCUCCGAAGUCUUUGAUGAAUCGGAUGAUGAAGAACCUGGCUUUGCUGCGUCGUCUGACCGCGAGCGCCUCGACUCCUUUGCUUCCGACGACUCGAGCGGCAAGAUCGCCUUCCACAACGACGCAGUCAACGGCCUCGUCGACGCCCUGCGCGCCACAUCCGGCGACUUUGACUCGGCCAAGCUCGAGUUCAUGGGUCUGCGUCUAGCCACCAACGCCUCGGACGACAUGAUGCGCAAGGCCGUCGCCACCGCCUUUGCCCGCCGCGCCGCCGAGCUCACGCUGCCUGAAAACGGCUCGCUAGAGGCCAGCAAGGCCGCUGAGAAUGCGCUUACAGCCCGCCCUGGUGCCACAAAGUUCAUCUCGGAAGUUGGUGUCGGUGGCGGUGAGACGGAGCAGGUUGAGUUCAUCCUCGCCGUGCAGCGUGCGCUGUCUUCGGUCCGCACCGUCGAGUCCGCCAAGGCCGGCACGCUUCUUGCCGCCCUGAUGCAGCAGCUAUAUGCCCUGGAUAUCCUCGAGGAAGAAGGCAUCCUAGAGUGGUGGGAGGACGAGCGUGCGUCUGGAAGUGAGGCCAUGGAGGCACUCCGCGAAAAGGCAAAGGUCCUGGUCGAGUGGCUGGAGAAUGCAGAGGAAGAGGAAGACAGCGAUGACGACGACGAUGAGGAUAGUGAUUAGACGUCCAUAUCACCCAAAAGUAUUAAUAUAACCAAGAAAUUUACAGUAUAAGGCGCAAGGCCAAAUGCAGUAGUUAUCAAAAUGUGAUGUGUUAUUUCUGAUGAGAGUGAUUCUAAAUGUACAAUCGAUCGUUAUCGUAAAAAACAUGAUGCUCCUAAAACGCCAGCAAAUGACUCUUUUCUUUGUCUUGCUUCUUUCCUAUUCCACAGAGCUCUGGAAUCCAUGCAGCACAAACAUAGUUGCAAUACAACACACUCGUAUGCAUAUAUGCACGUACAGACUAGUAAUAGUCGCCAAGGUCUGCUGCUGCAGCUGCAGCUGGCCCUUUGGCCGUUCCCUUUCUCAUCGCAGCAGGGCCAGGAGGCGGGUUAUUCUGAUCAUACAAGACCUCAGCAGGCUUGACCUCGUCCAGCGACUUAUAGUUGCUGUAGCCACCACGGCCGCGGUUUCGGCCACUACGUCCUUUCUUGCCUCCGCCACCACCUCCGCCGCCGCCACCACGAGCCCGUCCUGCGUUGCGAGGACCGGUAGGAAUAACGGGGGCCACGAGCUGCUGCUCUUCCACCUUUCUCUUGGAAGCACCCUUGCCGGCAUAGAGGUUUUCGUAGUCGCCCUGGCGAGGAUCAUCCUCCUCGAUGCGGAGAAUCAUCUUCUCACCUACUCGGCUGUCGAAGACGAAUCUCUGGUCAGGAGGGAGAGGAGCCCAGGUGUUAAUCUUACCCGCAUCCGCUGGGCGUGCACCCUUCUUCAUGGCCAACACAACAUGCGGGACCGCAGACUCGGUAUGAUAUGAUGUAGCUCCAGGAGCAGGGGCCAGGCAAGCUGCCCAGAUGCUGUUGUGAUAACAGGCCGUUCCGGUAACCUCCCAGCGCAUUAGGCUGCCCAUGCCACCGAUCUUGUCCAGGAUUUCCUUGGGGCAAGGCUUGGGGCAAAUGAUGACGUUGCUGCCGUGGAUUUUGAGGGAGUUCUUGUUGAUAUCUGCGGGGAUGUUGGCCAACGCAAGAAGUUUUGUCUUGUCUUCUUGGCCAAUCAUGUAGCUUGUGAAGAAAACCGUCUUUUUAAUGGCAAGUUUUGCGGGUCGGAGAUGUAGUGGCUGCUUGAGCAGCUCCUCGUUGUGCUGCUGAAUCAUUCGCUGCACUUCCGUGACUUCUGUUAGAGGAUCCAAGGUUGUAGAAUUGUUAGGCACCUGGAUGACUUCUGUUCCAAUGGUGCCUCGGGUAGGAUUUGUGGACUGGCGGUAGUUGUAGUUUUCAAAGAAUUCCUUGAACGCCUUGGUAUGCUUUGGUCGGUCCUCGUAAAUACGUAGCUCGCUGGCGCCCUUGUAUACCUCAACGAGCUCUGUCAGAAAUGCUUGUUUGAAGUGCAUGGUGUUGUCAAACGUCUGGUUCGAAGGGCCGAUGGGAGGCUUGAGAACGAGCAUGUCAAAGUUGAGACCUUUGCUCUCUACCAUGCGCCGGAUAAUGUCUGUAAACUUUCUGUCGCCGCGGCCCGUCAGCAGUACGCAGACGGCAUCUGGCUGGCGAAUGCUGAGCUGGACGAGCUGGACAAUCUUUUCAUUCCACCAACCCUCCCAGGCGCGAGGUUCUUCCUUGUGGAUGCCGUCACCGACCGAUGCGAGGAUGUUGUUAUCGUGCCACCAGCCGCCAUUGAUGAACUUGUCUUGCAUGGCAAGAAGACCGAUCGUCUGGUUGUUCCAUAGUGCAGGAUUCGGCAGCGGGGUCUUAAAUACUGCAUCAACUGUUAAUGGUAGAGCUCUCUGGAACAGAAUCUCGAUGGGACGUACGGGUGUUAUCGAAGUCGUAGACGUGGAUGGCGCGAAUCUUGGCUGGGUCUGGCGGUGGUCAGUAAUUGCGCGGAACGCAUCGAGGGAGACAAAUGUACCAGGGGGGGACUUUUCGAGGCCAGACCAGCGGCCGAGCCCCGUCAGAGUGUAUUUUGUUUGCUGUUGCUUGCCAUUGGCGUGAUAGGCGCUGUAUGCAGACGCCAUUGUGAGGGAUGGGAGGCUUCGCGAGGCGGUUACGAGAGGUAGCGUAGGGCACUGGCGGACGACGAGAUUUGUUGAGAGGUCAUGGGGAUGUCCUUUGCAGUGUGCGCGUACGGCGAGAUGGAUGAAGAGGCGGCGAUGUCGAGGAGAAGCCGUUGGCGAUGCAGUCAAGCGCGAUGUCUCUGGAAAAAAGCUGGUGGUAGCGUUGAGGUGACCAGCGCGGCGAGUGGGUCUGGCAGCGGCUGAGCAGAGCACUGGAAGGCGAGGCGACGACCGCUGUAGACAGUGGCCAGUAACAGCAGGCUUCAUUGUGCGCCCGGCGGGAUGUCGGGGGAAGGGCACAAGA